GUCAUAACAAAAAUGACAUUACUUUAUCAGCACAAAAGAAAAAAUUGUGAAAAUUGUUACAAAAUGUGAAUCCUAUACGAUUAUUAUAAGUGAAAAUGGCUUUUCCGAAGAUAGACGGCUACAUAGUAACGGAAAAAUUAGGAUCAGGAAGCUAUUCCACCGUUUUCAAAGCACAUACAAAGGUGGGUGCCCGUUCGACAGUGGCCAUAAAAUGCGUUGACAAGUCUCGCAUAAAAAAUUCGGGUUCAGCCAUUGACAAUCUCAUUACGGAGAUACGUCUACUGAAAACCCUCACGCAUCCACACAUUGUGCACAUGAAGAGCUUUACAUGGGACGAUAAAAAUAUAUACAUAAUCAUGGAGUACUGCUGCGGCGGAGACCUCUCCAAGUACAUACAGAAAUACGGACGCGUUCCAGAACAAAGAGUAUUAUAUUUCCUGCAGCACUUGGCGUCAGCGCUUAAAUUCCUGAGAGAACAGUCCGUGGUCCACAUGGACCUGAAGCCGCACAACCUUCUGCUGCACAAGGACUCCAACGGGAAGUACAUACUGAAGGUGGCCGAUUUUGGGUUCGCGCAGUACAUGAGCGAGGAGGGCGGGUGCUCGGUGCGGGGCUCGCCGCUGUACAUGGCGCCCGAGGUGCUGCGGGGGGCGCAUGACGCCCGCGCCGACCUCUGGAGUGUCGGUGUAAUUCUGUACGAAUGCCUAUUCGGCAGGGCUCCGUACUCGUCCAACACCUUCAAGGAACUGAUCGACAAGAUAGAGAGGAGGGCUCCCAUCGAGAUACCACGUAAUUCGUCGAUAUCGGAAGGCUGCAAGGAUUUGCUGUUACGGCUCCUGCAGCACGACCCUGACGACCGGAUCUCGUACGAAGAGUUCUUUAGCCACGAGUACCUCGACCUGGAGCAUAUGCCCAAUAAAGAGAAUUAUGAGCGAGCGGUGUCCCUCAUAAAGCGCGCCGUGGAGCUGGACGGCGCGGGCCGGCUGCAGGAAGCGUUCGAGGCCUACAGGGACAGCUUACGGUUCCUAGUGCCCGUCGUCCACUCCGAGACGGACGUCGUCCGCAGGGGCGCGCUCACAGCCAAACUGACCAGAUACAUGGAGCGCGCCGAAGAGCUGAAGUCAAUGUUGCGCGGCGACAGCAGAGCGACCGCCGCGCGCGCCGCCGACGUGACGUCACACUGCUGCGGCGCCGCGCGACACAUGCAGCGAGGUGCGCCACUGCUUGCUAACGGCCCGGGGACGGACGCGGCGCCGGUGAGGGAGCUCCCGGGGGCGGGCGCGGUACAGGCGGAAGAGCCCCCGGAGGCAAGCGUCCCUUGUGAGGGCGGCCGCGACGCGGUGACGUCACCGACUGCGCGCCCGGCCGCGGGCUCCAGACUGCGGAGGCUGCUCACUUGGCAGGCCACUCCGCCGCUCCUGGACAAUAACGACUCCAGCAUUACGGACGGCGAUAAGAAGCACAAAGAGAAGCCAAACGACAACCCCACGGACGCGUGUAAAAUUACUUAAAUAAAUAUAAAUAAAUAA